AUGAGAGUCUUUGCUUGGUUAUCCUUACUGUGCGCUGUGCUGCCAGUCAACAUCGUUGCCGCAUCAUUGUCAAUAACUGACGUUGUUGAAGCUCUUCCUUCAUGUGCUCUCACUUGUCUUACCACGGCUCUUGCAAAUUCGACUUGCUCUCCUACCGAUCAACAAUGUAUUUGUACGAAUGUUCCUCUAAACACAGAAGUUAACAUUUGUGUAAUGGAGGAAUGCACUAUCAAAGAAGCACUUAGUACCAAAAAUGUUACGUCCGUCGCCUGCAAUGCACCAGUCAGGGAUAAGAGGGAUUUAUACAACUGGAUAUCCAACUCAUUCGUCGUUGCUUCCUGGAUAGCAUACCUUCUGAGGAUUGCUUCAAGAUUCACCUCUGAUACUCGACUCUGGUGGGAUGACUAUGUUGCGACUUUUGUUAUGAUUGUUGGUUUGCUACAAGCUAUUAUCAACGUUCAAGGCCUUACCGGCAACGGACUGGGAAAAGAUAUCUGGACAUUAAGUUUCAACAACAUCAGUGACAUGAUUCGUUGGUUAUACGCAGCCGAAAUCCUGUAUUUUGCCCAAGUCAACUUCAUCAAAAUCUCGAUCCUUUUCUUCUUCCUUCGUCUCUUCCCCGACCGCAAGAUACGUUGGACAAUCUGGGGUACAAUCAUCGCGAACCUCCUAAUAUUCAUAAUAAUCGACUUACUAGCCGCCUUACAAUGCCGUCCAAUCAGUUUCUACUGGAAAAGAUGGGAUGGUGAACAUUCUGGAAAGUGUCUGAAUAUCAAUGCACUGGCAUUUUCAGGUGCCGGUAUCAGUAUUGUAAUGGAUAUCUGGAUGUUGAUACUUCCCUUGACACAACUUUACGAUCUUAAUUUGCAUUGGAAAAAGAAGAUUGGUGUAGCUGCUAUGUUGAGUAUUGGUAUUAUUGUGACGGUCGUCAGUAUCCUUCGUUUGCAAUCCCUCAUCGUCUUUGCAAAUACUCAAAAUCCCACAUGGGACUACUUCCAACUAGGCUACUGGUGCACAAUCGAGAUCUGCACCGGAAUCAUCUGUUCCAGCAUGCCCGCCAUCCGACUCCUCCUCGUCUGCAUCUUCCCCCGCAUCGCAGGCACCACGCACAAUUCUUCCAACCACUCCAAAUCGCUCGGCUACGAUCCCAGCCGCCGACGCUCCAGCGUUCCCAAACUCGCUUCAAAAAACUCCUUCAUAAACGGGAGACGCGACUCGUAUGCGACGAACCAGGGCAUCACAAUGAAGAAAACAUUCGAUGUGAGUUCAAGCCAUAGGGGCAUGGGAUUCGACAAAGAAAUCGAAGAGGAAGACGGCACGGAACUGGUCAGCAGACAGGCAACCAGGAGUGAAGCGGGAACGGGGGAUGCGGAGCGCGGGCUAGAAAAUACACAGAGUUACGAGAGUAGGGAAGAUGGAGAACAUUUGAGUCCGCCGCACGAGCAGAACUCGCGGUCGAGUAGCGCGAGGAGUAUAAAUGAGGGCAUGUUAAUGAGUUCUAGGAGCCCGGGUUGGGUUUAA